ACUCGUAGUCAGAUGCUGCUCUGCUUCAGUUAUUAGCCGGACACCAUGGUGAGAAAGAUCCGUGUUUACCGUCCAAAACAACCGCUGACUUCUGUAGUUUUACUGUUUGUUUGGAGAGUUUUAUUGUUCACUCGAAGUUGAACUAGCUAAACCGAGCUAAAGUUAUCUAUCUAUCGGAUGUAGCUUGUUGUCAAACUUGAACGGAGCAUUCAUGCUAACAUAUUGUCGAAACGCGAUACAAACUUUCAAACAGAACUGCUGCUGUGCCGUAAAUUCUGCUUUUAUUAGCUCGUGUAUUUUCAGUUUCUGUCGACAGCUAGAGGACUCGGGCUCGAUGUCCCCCUUUCUACUGACAACCCCUCACUGUUUGAUUGUUUGAUUUGACUUUACUGCCACACAAGGUCUGAAACUUGUCUUGCAUCAUCACAUCAGCUCCGUUUCCAACACAGAGGAGGACAAAGAUACAAAGGCACACAUAUUAAAGAAACAACAUCUCAAACACCAAACAGCAUAUUCAGAGAUCUUCUCUGUACUUGUGAUCAUGGAUUCAGUUUUAGCAUUGGCCGGUCUACAGAAGAGGGCUUCAGUCAGACUUUGUAGAUACUCAGAUUAGCUGUGUGCAUGGUUUGGGUAUGCCAGCUUUGACCUUUUUUUGUUGUUGGCUGAUUCAUGGUGGGACACAUGUGGUGUUUGAACGUUUCAUCUGGUGGAGCAUUUUGGACCUGUAAGUUAAAAACAGUCACAUUUACCAUGUGGGGUUACAGUAGGGGAGAGUGGGGUAAGUUGAGCCAAAGGGUAUGUUGAGCCACCCCCUGUUUCUUGGGGUGUGUCCGAAAUGAAUCACUCAAUCCCUAACCCCCAUAUGGGAUUUUACUUUAUUUUACCGCUGGUAUAGGUAGAUAGAUUUUACCACCCGCUUUGGGCUGCAUUCCCAAACAACCCGACUCCGAGAAGAUCGUAACCCGGCGCGACAGGGCCGCUACCGGCCUCACACCGUCCACGGGAUUAGGCGUUGGGCUCUUCCCUCUUCCCUCGAUGCUACUGAGGGAAUCCUGGUUAGUUUCUUUUCCUCCGCUUAGUAAUAUGCUUAAAUUCAGCGGGUCGUCUCGUCUGAUCUGAGGUCUGAUCGUCUGAUCUCAUGCUCAUCUACCUUUGAAUGUGGUUUCUCAUCGCUCCGGUAGAGUGGUUAUAAGCAAGUUUCUGCUUACACAGCCGACGGACAACCUUGUCGUCAUCUCCUGCGUCAAAAUACUGCCAAACGGGGCUGAUUUUCUUGCGUGGUAGCGUCGCCAUCUUAACACAAACUUUCUUCCCCAAACUUUGUGGCCCUGCCCCCUUCUACGUGUGCAUGUGGGGAACAAGAUGCAGGAUGCUCUAAGUAGCGUUUAACCGACGAGAAAAAUACUAAACGUUUAAUAAAUGAUGCUCCUGUGGUCAACUUAUCCAUACAUAUACACGGGGGUAAGUUGACCAUAGGAGACCACUUUAUUUUGGCUAUAUUAUCAAGACCGUUAUUCUGUUGGUUUGCAGGGAUGCACAACAUCUUGAAAUAAAUGCAGAUACUCUAGUUAGAGACAAAACUAUGAUUGCCUUGAUAUAGUGAUCCUAAAUAUGAAAAAUGUCUCAUCUUACCCCACUCUCCCCUAUUGUAGGGCAGAUCAAAAAGCCAAGAAUGAAUUAGUCUACUCGAGGACAGAGAGAGUCUUUCCAGGAAAACUAAUCAUCACCUGAGUAUUUCUAAGAGGACGCUUCUUGGUUUUUACAAGGAAUAACAAAAGGAGCUGUAUGAGGGUCAGGUGUUUAACCAGCUAUGAUUUUCUUCCUUUUCUUGAGCAUUAUCACCACUUCACACUUUUCACUGCAUGCUGAUGCAGCUCUGAAUCUUUAAAAUUACUAAGCAAAGAUAUCAGAGCUGUAUCAUCAGAAUACUUGAGAAUGUACCAAUUUGGUGUGGAGUGGAUUAUUAACUUCAUGGUCACUGCAGCUUUAGAUUUUUAUGCUGAGAUUUGCUGCUUCAUUUCUGUUAAUGCCUCAGUUAAAGCAAGUAAUAAAACUCAUUGUCCAGCGCAAGCUACUGAGGCUGGCUGCAAAAGACAGAUCAAGUAUUUUAGAUCGCCACAGUGUGCUCAGAUAAGGAUUUUGACAUCAUUAAGAGAUGCAAUUAUCAGACUUAAUGAAGACAGAACUUCAUAAAAAUGCAGAGAUGUUGAAUCACAUCUCAUCAUGUGCAGAGAUGUUGAAUAUUUAACUAUAAAGAGUUUAAUUGAACUGUCAUUUCACAGAAGUAAGCCUCAGUUGAGUAUGUUUAGACUUUGGCUGUUAAGAAAACAACACAGACAAGAAACGUUUAAGGAUUAUAAAGCAAAGAGAGUGAAUCAUGCAGGGUUUUCUUUCCCUACAAAGCUGACUCACUUCUGUCCUCUGAACCGCCGAGAGUAUCUUCUCCUCUUUGGAGGCACAUAUAUACUUUAUACUGAUACAAUUUAGGUCGUUUUUUAAUAUCUGCUCUUCUAGCUACUGAAUAAACGAGGCAUCUGACACCACAUGAUAAUACUGUCACAACAAUAAAACCACAAUUGCACCUCAUCUCCCAGAACAUUUAUCAGCAUUGAAACUAAAUUUCUGCGGCUGGUUUAUUUUGCACAUUUUUGACAAUCACUAUCCUUUAAUCCUGACUCCAAACACUUCUAUAGUGUGAUAGAUAAUGCAGGAAUAAUGGGAGAAAGAAAGGAUCCCUAUAUGCGAUGAGAUCCUCUACAUAUCUGGUAUCAAGCUGUAGCAUUCCUGUUCAUAUCUGCAUCCUGCCUCAGGCUGUUUUGUAAGUGCAGUAGGUGGAAACUGUGCCUUAAUUAGGUAUUUACAGGCAGUAACAUUUCUCAUGAGGUGUGUUUUUACUCGAUUUUCUGUUAGCAGAAGGUUGACAUUGUCUCAGCAGGGUUCUCCCUCGCAGCCGCUUCUGACUGAGGCGCUGAAGACAUCAUAACUCCCCACAUUUCAUAUCUGACUUUAGUAGAGAGAUGUAGAGACACGCUCCACUUGCUGCGAAUCGAUCGAACAUCCAGAUCAAAGGAUAGGAGUUCACCAAUUUAAGUGCAACACGGUGAAAGUGUGAUGUUUUCCAAAGCGUCCUCCAGAGUCGACUCAGCAGGUAGAGGAGUUGAUUGUGGGAUUUGUCUCCGUACGGUUGUGUUACGACCUCUUGAAAGAAGUCAUUUACACCACCAAGAAAAGAAAUAAGACUCGUAAAAGAGACCAGUAAUAUAUGCAAAGGACAGACCGAGAUUCUUGAUAUCGACAAAAAAUCUAAAUUUUAUUAAAAUAAGUAGAAAUUGAUCAUUCAAAAAUAAAGCAAUGAAAUAAAAAGGCUGUAGACGCCAGCAAAAAGUGACAAAAAAAGGGGGUGGUGAACAUGGCUAGCCACACAAUGGGCCAUAGGACCAGUCACCACCAUAGACUGUAUAUAGAAUGGACAGCAUCUGCCGCCUCACUGGAUGAAGCCACUCCAAGAACAGCACCCUCUGGUGACGGGCUGCAGUAUAGGUCAUAAAUCCCACCUCCUCCAGCUAUGUGAGUUGUGGACAAACUUAAGUACAGAGAUAGUGUAGCUAACCCGGGGGAUACGCUGUUUGAGCCGAGCGUCAUUACAGCGACUUUUGGUGACUCUCCCGCUGAAUGCGCACAAAGCUACUGGGCAAGUGGAGGAGUGCAUACAAAGCUAUUGCGCAGUGUUGAUUUCAGAAUGUGGAGAAAAAACACGGAAUUACCGAGAGCUUUUCGGCCUCAAAUCUGUAUAUUGGCGGAAUGCAAUACCACGUGUAUGGUCAGUUUGACAAACUUUACUAAAGGCAGAUCUGGGUUACAGCUUCAGCAUGCCACAAGUGUAACAAAGAUUGGUCUGAGAAUUCUGUUCCGGGUCCCUGCCCUUCCACGUGCUUGCGUGGAUACCAGAGGCAGGAAGAGCCCCUUCCUGCCCAUCACGAGCCAUCAUGAAAGGCGAUAGCAGGGAGCGCACGCGAGGUUCUGGUCGGGGCCCCCCGUUCUUCACGCUGGCAUGCGUGCAAGGCCAGCGGUAGGAAGAGCAACUUCCUGCCCUCUAGAGCCAUCAUGAAGGCAGAAACGAUGAGGGGUAGAGCAGCGAUGAACAGAACCCCCCUGGAACAGGAACGCUUUAAGGGUAGUGGAGCAAUUAACUGACACAAGGGUGGAGCUGGGAUGGCGAUGGGUUGCUGGUUAGCUGUCGAAGCAGAGGAAGAGGCUGGGUUAGUGCAGUUUUGAAUAAGGCGCUCUAUAGGCAUGGGACCAAUAGGAGCUAGGAGUGAAUCAGCUGGCUAUCAUCUGGUUGAGGUGGCUACUAGCCAUUGGCUGUGGAUCAGCGCUUGACGUCGUGUCCUGACAGAACUAACGCUAUGCUUCAUUCGUAUUUGGUCACCACCCCGAACUAAAACUACCUAACUAAAAAGAACUUAGUAUUUAAUCAGAAAAGAAAGAACCAAAAACAGGGCUACCGGCAACCUACAUCCAAACUAAAAUAACAAAACCCAGCAGCUCAAUCAUGAAACCAAAAAGAAAGAGAAGGUGCAGCCACCAAACCUCACACCAAGAGAGUGUCCGUGUGUCUCCCCCAGCCUGCUGCUCUGCCUCUCUAAAUAGUCCCUCCACCCUGAGUGCUAACAGCCCUCAGGUGUACUGCAGCCACACAGGUAGGGGGAGGAGGGUGACCAGAGAGAGAGAGAGAAGGCGCACAGCAACCGGCCACACAUAACAGGUUGGCUGGGAAGUCUUUGAGGGAGUGGUCUAACACCCUGGUGUAAAUAACACUAAUGCAUCCUCCUUCUCAGCUGUAAUCAAACAACUUUCACCUCCAGUCAGCAACAGUUUGAAAUGCUUCCAUAUUAGAGGAACACCCUGACAAGGAGCUCUGUUUGUUGUGUUUCCCCCCAGAGUGAAGAAGAUGAAGUUCCCCGCCUCGCUUUCACUCGUGGUCCUGCUCGCUGUUGCGGACCCGACCCGAGCCCAGGUCAAGACCUCUCUACUGGAUUUGACCAACAGCAUCGGGAGCAUCCUCCCCAGCCUGAGCCGCCCCGCCAACCACAGCAGGAUCUUCUACGCGGUGAUGUUUGACGCAGGGAGCACGGGGACCCGAAUUCACGUCUACACCUUCAUCCAGGGUGACUCAGGUAAUAGCAGGCGACUCUCUGACUGACUUCUUGUCACUGCGGCGAAGACAUCGUUUUUGUAAACCUGCAGGAUUUCACUUCAGGGGACAGAAGUUAUACUCGACUUCAUUUAGUUUUUAAGUAAUAAUCCUAUUUUGUCAGCUUCAAGUCAACACGCUUCAUUUUAAAUAAGUGGAUAUAGUCAGAGCAUGUAUGCUAAGCAGAUUUAAGCGUCUUAAUGCUUUUAAUAGCCCGCUGCAUAUUUGAUGUGGGUGGAUCUUGUAUCUUUUAGCAGAGCUGCCUGUUUUGGACAAUGAGAUGUUCCACUCCAUAAAGCCGGGUCUGUCUGCGUAUGCUGACUCCCCUGAAAUGGUGAGUUCAUCUUCAAAUCUAAUCAAUGGUAUCGAGCCGAAAUGAAAGGUCUGCUGGCUCUACAUUGUAUUCAGAAACGCCGCUGAUAGCCUCUCUCUGCGGGGAGUCGCAUUUCACUAAUGAAAGAAGGUAGGAAGUGAGAAGAGCAAAGUGACAAACAAGCAACUGAUAUGUAACACCGUGAAGUGUUUUACUUUAGCUCUAACCAGUCAGCCUGUUAUCAGUGCUGAGCAGUGCUGUGUCACACUGUUUUUUAAAAGGCCGCACACACAGUGAGGAUGCUGCUCAAGGUGGCUAAGAAGACCGUGCCCCGUCUGGAGUGGAAAAGGACUCCGGUGGUGCUCAGAGCCACAGCUGGACUCCGACUGCUGGCUGCAGAGAAAGCCCAGGCUCUGCUUGAACAGGUAAAAGAAGUGCAGAGGAACCAAGACAUGACACACACGGUUAGGAAAAGUGGAGAGCAGGUUUUUUUUUUUUUUGUAUUGUAGGGGAGUUGUUAGGCUCUACAUUGUCUGACACUUUCAAAGGAGAGUGCAUCCUCUUAUCCGGAGAGGGAGCAGGCGGAAAAAGAAAGGAGCAUUUUCUCUGCCAUGGCAGGUAGUUCAGACACAAGAGGAAGAGUAUCGUUAUCAGAGUGGUGGGAGCUUAGAGUGGAGGGGAUAAGAUAGUAAUGGAUGGCCCUGGGGCACCUUGGAAGAUAAGUGAUACUUUAUUAAUCCCCCUGAGGGAAUUAAUUAAUCCCUUCAAGCGGAGGGCACCUCUGGAUGAGCUUCCGUUACAGUAGAUAACAUUAAGGCCAUUUCUCUGCUGCUCCCCUCUCUCUCUCCGUCUCUCUCUGUCUCUCUCCGUCUCUCUAGGUUCAACAUGUGUUCGAUGAAUCUCCAUUUUUGGUCCCAGACAACAGUGUCAGCAUAAUGAAUGGCACAAACGAAGGUAACGUCUGCCCACCCCUCUGCAAGACUCUCUCGUCAGUAAUGGCAGCCACUCUCACUCUCGCUCGCUCUGCGGCGCUCUGGAGGUGUCAUCAGAGAUCCCUCUGCCCUACUUUCGGAGCGGGGUGUAAUUUCUGCGAGGAAUCUGUGUUUACAGCAAACAUUUAACUAAAUUGCAGGAGAUUAUCGCCGUCGUUUAUGAUGACUCUUAAGAAAAUGAAGUCGCUCGUCACCUCAGAGUUGUCGAGGCUUUGAAAGCUGUGAUUAUCUGCUGAAAAUUUGUUGUCUGCUGCUCUGCGGUGUGAAUGAUUUGUCAGCGUUUCACUCUUGUUUGCAGAAAUCACACUCCUCUCCAAGUGUUUGCACUCCUCUUUAUGAAACGCUGUAAUAUCUUAUGAAAUUUUUUUAUCAGCUUUACCGAGAUUAAGUUUUGUGUUUCACCUGAAAUUUCCUGUUUCUGGGUUUUGCUAAUCUCUCCGAUGUAGGAAUCCUGGCCUGGAUAUCUGUCAACUUUCUGACAGGUGAGAACUGUGAGCUGCAGUCUUUAAAUUAAAAGAGAGGACUGGUUUUUCUGGUUAAACCAUAUUCCUGAGCCUUCUACUGUAUAUCCAUAUUCAACUUAAAGGCUGUCAGAGUCUUAUUGUAGACCCUGAUCCACUGAUAUAGGCUCAAUGUGAUAAGAAGGACUCAGUCGCCUGGAGCAGACAUCUGUGAUCUUUAUCAGCCUCAGUGUGGAGAUUUCUUUUUUUAACGUCUUUGAGUCGCACAUGAAGAUAACAUCUUAGGUGUGACUGAUCAGCUCCUCUGUGUUGUGACUGCGAGAUUGAGGUGUGAAAUAUUUAUAGGUCACCUAAAAGCGCAAACCGAGAAGAUGGUGGGGAUCCUGGAUCUUGGAGGAGGAUCCACGCAGAUCACUUUCCUGCCAAAACUCAGGGUGGGUUAGUUAGCCAGCAGAUUUAUGCACAAAUUAAAAGUCGGCUGUGAUUAGUAACUCACUACGUCUUUGUAGAAAACCAUCGAAAGUGUUCCUGUCGAUGACUACGUCGCCAGAUUUGACAUCCUCAACUCGACAUUUGAAUUAUACACCCACAGGUAACAGAUGCGGUAAUUACGCGUUAUGAAACGGUUUAGUGCUUGUUCAUCAUUUGUGACUGCAUCAGCUUUUCUAUUUAAAGUGAUUUUUUUUUUUUAUAUUUAUACAUUUCAAAGCAGCCUACACUCUCUGGGAGUAAAUACUUGUGUUUCUGCUGCGGAGGCUUUCAACUCUGCUCUGAUUUGUUUUCUUAAUUAGGACAACUUCAUGAUCUGAUUAGUCAUUAGGUUGUGAAUAAUAGGCUGACCAGCGGUUUGUCCUAUUUACAAAAUGACUUGUUAUGAAUGUAGUCUGUGUGUGUUUUGCUUUUACAGCGGUGUAACAAUCCUUUGUCCUCACGCAGUUACCUUGGACAUGGUCUGAUGGCAGCGCGGCUGGCUACACUUGGCGCUCUGGGUGCAGAAGGUACUGUGCGUACACGAUGAAAAGGUGGCCUGUCGCCAUUAGCUGUGGGUCAGUGUUGAUCAUUGUGAGUGAGUCAGUUCUCCAGACGCUCUCUGCUCCCGCCUGCCUCUUCCUCCAAACACUAAAUAAAAAGCGGGUGAAAAGAUGUUUUAAGUGGGAUGUUCUUCAAGUCUCUCUAACUGGAAAAAAAAGAAAAACACCCAAACAAUUCGAGUGAGACCCUGAGAUGAAUCACAGAAAAGCUUCAGAGAAAAAUGUGUUGGUCUCCCCAGUUCUUGAGGCAGCCUCAGACCACUGUGACCAUUUGUGAGAGAGUUUAGCCAGUUUGAAGAUUAGAUGAGUCAUGCUUGUGCUCUCACAGGGCUGGAGUGGCGUGUUUUUAAAAGUUCCUGCCUGCCAAAGAAGUUCAGGGACGAAUGGAGCUUCGGGGGGCUGACCUAUCGAGUGAGCGGGCAUCCGGAUGGUGAGAUCCUGCAAAUAAGUGUGAUGAGUUUAGGAAAAUCAGAGUUAAACACACCGUAACACCGAGUUAGACACUCCGUCAAGAGAUGAAUGUUGCCGACCGCUUGCUUCUCUAGUUAUACCAACUUUAGUAACGACCGCAUGAUAGAAAUACAGAGAGCCACACUUUCAACCAAAAAGCCACUCUAAAGACACAAAUUAUGAUCAGAACAACACCUAACUUCAUCAACAGUGCAUAUAGGGGUCUAAUCCAUAGUACUAGCCACCAAACAUCUUUUUAUCUUUGCCUAAUUUCUUUAGUAAAGAGACUAAACACAGCUCACCUACUCUCUUCCAGCAGCCGCUUGUUUGUAGUGAGACCUCCAGGUGAGUCCAUAGACUGCAGCGGGGGGACACAGCUCAAGGAAGAACAUUUAUGAUCAUUUCCUCAUUCUUCCUUGAGCUGUAUCACCCUGCUGUAGUCCAUAAUGGACUGGCCUGAGGUCUCGCUACAAACAAGCGGCUGCUGGAAGAGAGUAGGUGAGUUGUGUUUAGUCUCUCUGCUGAAGAAACCAGGCAAAGUUAAAAAGAUGUUUGGUGGCUAGAGCUAUGGCUGGGACUCUUUUUAAGCGCCUGUUAUUCCGCCAGAGUCUCUGGUAUUUGCUUAGUUUUCCUGCUUGUGUUGGCAGUCAUGGUCAAAGGAGGAUUCAGACAAUUUUCUGUACUUUCUGGUUGGUUUCACGUUAUUCGAGGACGUGGAGCGUGCCUCGCAACACGAGGGAGCAGCGUCCGCCUCACAACCAAUCAGGUCUAGGAGGUGGAGAAUGGCUUUGUUUACUGUCAGAAAGAGCGGCUCGCUCAGAAAUCUUAAAAUGUUGAUGACACAGACAUAAGAGAACACAGCGAUAUCGUGAUAUUCCCAAGUAUCAUCAAUAACUGAUAGCUAUUGACAGAUAUUUAAAGCUUUUUUUGUAUAAACACCACAAAAAAGAUGCUUCUUUAACGGAUUCCUGCCUACCCCACCUUUAAGCAAAUACAAAACUCUGAACUUCAGUGAUAGCACCCAGACAUCAGCAGGGAAGCUUUUAAAGCCCAUUAAAACAGGCUCAGUGGUAUUACGCAUCAUUUCAUUUUGUUGUCCUAGUGUUAGCGGCAUAAUUCACAUCCCUGUCUCUGUUUCCUCUCCAGGUUAUUCAGGAUACAAGCUCUGUUAUCAGGAGGUACUCAAGGUAGUGAAGGGGAUUAUUCAUCAGCCGUACGAGCUGCAAGACAGCAGCGUCUUCUAUGCAUUCUCCUAUUACUAUGAUAGAGCAGUGGAUGCAGGCCUUAUCGGUGAGCGCACACUCUCACACACACUCAUCUUGCGUAAUUAUACACACCCAGCAGGAUGUUAUUACCCGUCCCAGAUCCAGACAGAGGCAGGACAAUGUGAGUCAUCAGCACCUGUCUCUGUGGAUUUGACGAGCUAUAGGUGUGUGGUUAUUAGAGAAAUUGCCAUCCUCUGCUAGUCUGAGCUGAAAGGGCAGCAGCUCUGUUAUUACUAACGUAGAAAUGUAAAUGUAGAUCCUCUCUGUGGGAUUUUAAACAUGAGAAAAUAACCAAAUCCCUACUUUCUCUGUGUUGCAGACGGGGUCCAGGGAGGGAUGCUGGAGGUCAGACACUUCAAGAAGAGAGCUAAAGAGGGUGAGAAGCAGUGCAUGGUAACGAUGAUAGAUCUGCAGCUCCCUGUACUUGAAACACAGUGUGCAUCUCAAUAGUCUGGACUAGUGUCCUCACUGCUAUCUGAAAUCCUGCCCUCACCCUCUCAGCAGAAUACAGAUGACUGAUUACCCAUCCUAACAGACAUGACUCCCCUUCUGUCUGCGCAGUGUGCAAUAAGAUGACCAAGUACCCCCCUAUCAGCGGCUUCCUGUGCAUGGACAUGACCUACAUCACUUGUCUACUCAAGGACGGGUUCGGCUUUAAGGAGAGCACGGUGCUGCAGGUGAGACAGGAGAAAUAACGAGGGGAAGAGUUGUGUGAAUCAUGACUUCUUACUUCUCUUUUAACUCCCAGUUAAAAGACAAAGAGUGGGUUUGAAAAUAGCUCCCAUUGAGAAUUUGUUACUACCAUUUGAAUAGAUCAUAAAUAGAACCGUGAGUCACCGGUGGCUUUCUUAAAACAGAGCACAAGUUAUGAAAUAAUCAGUUAAUCAUGCUAAAGGAUGAACGUCCCUGAUCCUGAGAAAUCACUCAUUGUCCCUCAUAAAUGAGAGACAGGAAAGUACAGACACCAGCCUCUGCCGCGCGAGUUACAAAACUGAUUCAUGUCAUCCCCCACUCCCCACCCACUUCCCCCCACGUCUUUUUUAAGCUGUCCGAUCUAAUCAAGGAAAAAGGCUCAAAAAUAGCGAGAGAGCGAGACAAAAAUGACAUGACUCUUUAUUUCAAUAAAUACAAAAGGCAUUUGAGUGAUUUGGUGUGGGUUUUUCCCCCCCUCCUCCUAGUUGACCAAGAAAGUGAACAACGUGGAGGCGAGCUGGGCUUUGGGCGCCACGCUGGACCACUUCCACAACCUGAAGAUCCACUGAGGAGGAGGAAGAAGAAGAAGAGGAGGAGGAGGAGGAAGAAACACUGCUAGUAGUGCGCACUACUUUAUCUAACAGCCCCAGACAUCUGCUGUUUGUUUUUUUUUUUCUUUUUUUCUAACCUCAUGAGUAAUUCUUCAUUUCAUUUCAAAAGCAAUUAUUCUCAAGUGUUAAUACAUUGAGCUGUAAAUGAGCAACGUGCGUCUUAACUCAGAGAGCGAGUGGAGCGGAGGAAGUCGACACUUUUGAGUGGAAGAAGUGAACCAAUAAGACGCUGAGUGGAGCAGCUUUGGGCAUUUGGUUUGAGAUGAAUGUUUGUUUGUUUUACUCAGGAUGAUCAACAGAGCGGCUGUGGUCGGUGUUUACAUGCAGCGCUGUGCAGUAGCAGGUUUAUAAUAUAUCGGGCGCUUUUCUACUCUCAGGUGUGUUGGAAACGCAGCUUAUAUGGAGUCUUGUUUGUGUCUGUUGCAUUUCAAACCGCAGACUUGUUUACAAUGUUUCCGCUCAGAACAAUACAUGGUCCGUAUAUUUUCAUAAACUUUUUAAACCCGUCUCAGUUUUUCUUUGGGAGUUCAAAAAACGGUUGUUUUGUACAAAUGUUUCCGUUUCGCACUUGUUAAAAUAAAACAAUUAUCAGUUGCUAAUUA